AUGCUGCCUCUCGGUCUUCUUACGGCCGCACAGGGCCAUCCCAUGCUGGUAGAACUCAAGAACGGCGAAACUCUGAAUGGCCACCUGGUUACGUGCGAUAACUUCAUGAACCUCAUUCUGCGCGAGGUAGUGCAGACAAGUCCAGAGGGCGACCGCUUCUUCAGACUACCCGAAGUCUAUAUCCGGGGCAACAACAUUAAAUAUCUACGAGUUCCCGAGGAGAUUGUCGAAAUUGUCAAAGAGCAGCAACAGAACCAAGCACAAGGCCGUCGCGGCGGGCGAGACGGUGAUCGCGGCCGUGGCCGUGGUCGGGGGGGUGGUGGUGGCCGCGGUGGACGUGGCCGGGGACGAGGCGGCCCCAAUUAG